AUGUCUAUAGAUGGUGAUUUGUCUGAAUUUCCUCAUCAUUUAAAUAAUCAGGAGCCACAAUCACCAGUAUAUUCUCAUCCAAAAAAUGCAUUCCAUUUAUCUUCACAUACCAAUUCAGGACAUGAAACACAAAUAUUGUUUCUUAUAAUUGCUACCGGUACAAUAAUUGUUCUUUUUAUUCUUAUAAUUAUUAUUUGUGUUAAAAAAAACAAGUAUCUUCAAAGUCAUAAUGAUCAACAUAAUGUUGAUUGUGAUAGUCCAAAUACAUUUACAUCAGAAGAAAUAAAGGAAGGUUCUUUAUCAAGAAAUAAAAAAGUGUCGGGUAAUGGUAAAAAAAAUGGAUUCUUUAGGGCAAAUGAAUUAAAAAAUGAUCAUAAUUUUACUGUACCAACGAUUGUAAUUACGACUGCAAGUUUAAAAAGAAAAAAUUACAAAGACGAGGAAUUUGAUUUUUAA